CCCGUGUCGUGAUCAAACAGGUCAUUCAGUACCUAGAGAUUGUGCAGAAAAUAUUUGAAGAUGUGGCUUCUUAUUAUGAGCAUUUUUGGGCUCAUCUGUGUUUUUGUUUUCUCCUUUAUAUAUUUGUAUAGAAAGCAGGCAAAGUAUAAUGAUUCCGUAUCAGUACAGCAGAAAAUAAGCUUCGUCAGGAAGAUUGCUCCUGCUUCCCAUGCCAAAGGAUGGAAUCUUUUGACUGUUGAUAAUGGUUUAAGGGUGUGGAAGAAAGAGAUUAACUCUAACGAUUCCUGGUAUUCUGGACUUGUUUAUGGAUGCUCUGCUCUAGUCUCUGCUUCAUUACAGGAAAUUCUGACUUCAAUAAAAGAUUUGAGAUGCAUCACAGAGUGGGAUCCCUGUGUAAAGCAAGUAUCACAAGUGACUGUCUCAAUCAAUCAUGAUGUUGUGUCUGUCCUUCCAGCUACAUCUGCAGGACUAGUAGAAAAAUCGACUAGAAAACUGAUGGAUCUGUUUGGCAUUGAUACCAAUGCAAUAUGUUCUAGGCACUGGAAUGCAAAUGAAGGAUGGGUUUUUACAUCAUCUAUGCAGCAAACCAUUCCCAGUUCAGGAUUGUUGUGGUGUGGUGUUAUUAUUCUACCUGUUGCUCAAGAUAAAUCAGAAGUGUCUCAAUGCUUGGUUUCCAUGGUAACAGCUCCCUCAUUUCCAGGCAUUUCUACUUCACAAAUAAAGAUGUUAACGUCGGCUCGUGUUGCAGGCCUAAAAGAUUUCUUUGUGAAGGCCUCAGUGCCAAAUGAUAGGGUUGUCCCUAAUGGUGAUGUCCUGGUGGAAAGUAGUGCUGAGAAACCACUUGAGGCAAAUAACACAAAGUGUUCUGAAACUACUGAUCCAGUCUCCAAACCAAUAAGGGAAUACAAAAUGCAAGAAGUGGGAGAAUUCACUCAUGUUUCCAUGUCUGAUACUGAUAAAAAGAUUUCAAAUGAUGUUCGGGUAAAGGAAAUACUAGAGAUUUCAAUGAAGGCAUAUAAUGGAAAAACUGGCGCAGAUGGCUGGUCACUGAUUGGAAACAUAAAGGAUGUAGAGAUCACUAAAAGAAUAGCUCAACCAGGAGAAAAGCCAUUUGACACACUGAAGGGUGUCGGAUUGGUAAACGUUCCUAUUCAUUAUGUACUUGCUUAUGCAUUCAAUUUAGAAUAUAGAGGACAGUGGGAUGACAUGUUUUUAAAAGGUGAAGUCGUUAAACAGCUAGAUGGACUUACCAGAAUUGUAUGGAUGGAAUACAAAGCUGUUUGGCCAACUACUGGGCGAGACUUUGUUAAUCUUGUCGCUCUGAGGGAAGUCAAUGAAGGGCUUUAUGUAGUGGCAGCUGCUGGCUGCGAUGAUUCUAAUUGUGGACCAAAGAAAGGACUUGUUCGAGGUGAAAUACUGUGCGGAGGGUUCUUUGUGAGAGAGGUUAGUUCUGAUCCUCCUUGCUGUCAAGUCACCUAUAUUUCACGAGUAGAUUUGAAAGGAAACCUGCCUCCUAGGUUAGUUAAUCGAGUGACUCAGUCUCAGCCUCAAGCUAUAGCAGUCCUUCGUGAGAAACUAGAAACUUUGUACAAUAACGAGAAAAAACAGGCUACAGACAAGGAAGAAAUGUCUGUUCUACAGAAACAAGGAGUUGAUCUGUGGGUCGAGCUGAUGAAAAUGAGAGAAAUGAAAGAAAACGGACAGCUAGGAAGUCAGCGUCAAAAUUCAAACAAAUCUCCAAGACUCUACAAUAAGAUUCUCGAAAGUAUGGAGUCUCUUGAGAGCAGGAGAACGGCCGACGAAAAAUCUCUGACAGAUGUAUCGAUAGAGAACGAUCAAGCAGAAGAACGAAGUGUGGAAGUUAGUGGAGCCCAAAUUAAUGAAGAAAACAUGAACCUUCCUUUCGUUGACAGACAUCAAAUAGACUACAAGACUCUAGGAAACCAGAUUGCUGCUACACUCAUAGGAGAGGUGCUUUUGGCGUCCAAAGCAGAAAUUUCAAUGUCUGAAGAUCCUGGUCAACAAUCUAGUAAGGAAGGUGAAUGGAGUUAUCAAAGUAUCGAAAGGGACGUUGUUAUUCUACGAAAAAUAAAUCCUGGAGAAAAAAUACACAGUUUUCUUGGUAAAGGUAUGAUUAAAACCAGUCCUACAAAUGUUUGGAAUGCUGUGAAGAACCACAUGACUAGACACGUAUAUGACAAGACUCUAAAGAAAACGAAAAUCCUUAAGCAAAUUGACGAAUCCUCAAAACUCCUGUAUCUGCAUCAUGAGACUGCUCAGUGUUUUGUCAAACAGGCCAGAGACUUCGUCUUAUUAGCUGUUGAUCGUGUCGAGCCGGAGAGUUAUGUUGUUGCAGGAGUCUCUGUUGACGCUCCAGAAUCACCUCCAGUAAAAGAUCUUAUUCGUGGCAAGGUGUACGCCAGUGGAUGGGUGAUAGAACCUGUUCUUCAGGAUGGUCAGUUAUACAGUAUGGUGUCGUAUUUGUCACAGGUUGACUUUGGUGGAGUUGUUCCUGUGAGACUGAUCAAUUAUAUCGCCAGACGACAGCCUCUUUGUAUUUCAUAUCUACGCGAAUACCUGGAAAAAUUCAAGGAAUGAAUAUAUUCGAAGUCCACUUGGUUGAGUUUGGUAAACCAAUGCAAUUUGGGGCUAUUUUACUAAGGGACAUAUUUCCAAAAUGGCGUCUAUUUCGUCGAUCCAGUUUUUUCUUCAUCCACGAAAUGGCUAAUAAAGUGCUAUGACUUAAGCAUGAAUUAGCAUAAAUUAGCCAUUAACGACUCCAACAAUUGAAUUUUUAAAAUGUAAUAACUCUUUGCGUGUUCUUAUAUAAAAGACAUCUAGUUUCCCGGUGCUACGCAGUGACAAUCGUAAAACGCAAAGGCCAAAUUUAUACGCCGUACGAUUUUUCUUCAGCGUCAGAAAAACCAUGUCAUGUAAAUCGGCCUAAAUGUCAUAUCAAACCUUGGGAUCUGUUUUUAGGCUCAGCCUGUGAUUGGUCGAAAAAUACUAUAGGGCGCUUUAAAACAAAACAGUUUGAAAUAAAAUGAUGUAAUGUAAAAUAAAAUGCAUUUUAGAAUUUUAAUUUUAAUUUUAUUUUCAAUUAACGCAAAUUUGUUGUAACACAUUUCAAAACAAAAAAAAAAAAAAAAAAAAAAAGAAACUAACAUACUUAUUUCAGUUAAUAAUAAUAUUUAGUACAAAUUAAGGGUCGAUAUCCGUGUGAUAAAGCUGUGAACAAAAACCAUAUCAGUGAAGUGAUACGAUAUCACUUCACGGUAAACUGGGAAUUUUUUUUUUUUUCAUUUUAUCGACCUUGAAUGUGUAAUAAACAAAUUAUUUCAUGUUUAGAGCCUGAUAUCUUUUUUAUUCACUCGUUUUCAUAUGAUAUCACUUGCUCCUUCGAGAUGUGUUAUGGAAAAUCGUGAAUAAAAAUGAUAUCAAGCUGUUAAAAUGUGGUAAUCUCUAUACACUAGUCAUUUCCUUCAGUAACCAAAAAACUGAAAAAGGUCUUAAAUGGAAAAAAAAGUUUUAUAUUGAAAAUGGAUUUGAUUUGCGUGUAGAUUUUAAGCUGACGAUACACGCUGCAAUUUUUUCUCGCGCUGGCAACGCAAUUUCACAUUUUUUUUUGCAGCAAAACAUUGCAACGUCUACCAUAUCAAAAAGGUUUGAAAUAAACUUUCUGGGUAAAAAUCAGUAUAAAAUCCUUAUUGGCUAGUCUGAAUAGGAUCAUUGCAUUGCGAGUAAACAUGGGUGAUAAAGAAUGCAAUUUUCAGUCUUCGCUAUUUUUAGGCGUGCAAUUCCGAAAAUGUUGCAGACGGAAAAGUUCAAACUUUUUGACUUUUUGAUUUUCUGCAACAAUUCUUACGUUGCGAGACAUCGUUGCCGUCAAAGUCAUGUGGCAUGAUACACGCUGAGAUCGUGUCUCACGCUGGCAAUGCAACGGAAAAAUUGAGAUUGCGUUGCAAUUCGAGAAAAAAUUGCAGGAUGUAUCGGCAGCUUUGGUGUAUUCAGUGACAAGUCGGUCCAACUUGACUUGAACAUUGCUUUGCAGUUUGUCACUCAAGUGAAUUUGGAAACGAAAUUCCCUUUAAAAAAUUUGAAACUUGUUAUGGAAAAACAUGACUAAAAUAAUAUAAUAAAUAUAAUAUAGAUGUCUAUUAACUGUAUGAAAAAUAGUAUACAAAACUAAUAAUAUUUUAUUAAAAAGAUCUUGCAACAAAA